CAGCAUUGACUUCUGCUGGCUAGCAGCUCGGCUAACUGAUAGCUGGCUGUUGGAACUCCUCCGGCGCUCAGCGGAGUUCCGCCUCGGUGUCACCGACAGACAAACGCAUUUGGUUCCCACUUCCACUGUCUAUCCAUCCGGGAUGUCUCUCCUGGAGAAGUCCCCGACCCCCGGCAGGCUGUUGCUGGACGACACGUUGCCGCUGACGGCGUUGAUCGAAGCCAGCCAGAACCUUCAGUCCCACACGGAGUACAUCAUCAGAGUCCAGAGGGGCGUGUCUUCAGACAACAGCUGGCAGGUUAUUCGCCGCUACAGCGACUUCGACAUCCUGAACAGCAGCCUCAUGGUGUGUGGAAUCAGUCUGCCGCUCCCUCCAAAGAAACUGAUCGGAAACAUGGACAGAGAGUUCAUAGCAGAGAGGCAGAGGGGGCUGCAGGCCUACCUGGACUCCAUUACCCAGCAUCCCCUGAUCUGCACUUCCCUGUUUGUCAAGAAGUUCCUCGACCCCAACAACUACUCAGCCAACUACACAGAAAUUGCUCUGCAGCAAGUCUCCAUGUUCUUCAGGUCAGACCCAAAGUGGGAGGUCCUGGAGCCCCUUAAGGAUAUGGGAUGGAGAAUAAGGAAGAAAUAUUUCCUGAUCAAAAAUAAGGAGCAGCCUAAAGAGCGCUUCCUGCUGAGCUGGGUGGAUCUGGGUCCUGAUAAGUUCCUCUCAGACAAAGACCUGCAGUCGGCCCUGAAGCUGCUCUCCAACCCGUCUACGCCGUAUCUGAGUCCGCUGCUGUUCUCCAGCACCAGCGAGUCUUCGGCUCUGCUCGUCCGGCCCUUCGGUGAAAGAGGCUCCCUGAGGGACCAGAUCUGCAAGGUGAAACCCAGAGAGAGUCACCUGAAGAAGUACUGCAACCCCAAGAAGAGCCAGGGCCUGGAGCUGGAGCAGAUCCAGCUGUUCGGCCGUCAGAUCCUGGAGAGCCUGAAGCUUCUCCACGACAGCGGUCUGUUCUUCGGCCAUCUGCAUGCCUCCAACGUCGUGGUGGACGACGGCGUGUGUCGGCUGGUGGAUGUGGAGAACGGCAUGCUGGGAGUUCCCUCUGUCCUGAGGCCGGCCUUCACGCAGCUGAGGAAGAUCAACACUACAGAAAGCAUCGAUGUGUUCUGCUUCGGACAUUUACUGUACGAGAUGACGUACGGCCGGCCGCCGGACAGCGUCCCACUGGACCAGUUCCCGUCCGCCCCGCACGCCGCCGUGGUAUCGGUUCUGCAGUCCAUCCUGUCCGCAGACGCCUGCAAGAGCGGCAUGCCGACGGUGCCGGCGCUCAUCCAGACUCCGCUCUUCAGUGACGUCAAACUCAAACACUCAGAAAAACUGCAGAUAAAGAUUCCCAGCCGCCUGAAGGAGGUGCUGAAGUCGGCAAAGGGAAGUUUGGAGAAGCGGCUGCAUGAAGAGCAGAGGAUGCUGCAUCAGCACCGGCGGCUGACCCGAGCUCAGUCUCACUACGGCUCCGAAGAGGAGAAGAAGAGGAGGAAGAUCCUGGCGAGAAAGAAAUGCAGACAGUCGACAUGUGAGAACGAAGAGGACGUCUCUGUCCGAAACAACAACAACUCUGGUUCAGGAGCCAGUUCACCUCCCACCUGUCCUUCUUCCCCCACCCCUCCUCCUGCUACAGGGUCAACUCCUCCUCCAGCUCCACCUCCAGCUCCGCCUCCGGCGCCGCCCCCACCCACAGCGCCGGACUCUUCCUCCUCUCCUCCUCCUCCUCCGGGUCGGGCCGCACUGCUCAGCUCCAUCCAGACCUUCAGCAAAGGCAAGCUGAAAAAGGCCGACACUGCGGACCGCAGCACGCCGCGGUUCUGACCCAAAGCGUUGCCGCGGCGACCGGCAGUCCGCACUGUGCUCGCUCCGUCCCAGAGAUGUGAAAACAAUCACUAAGAAAGUUCCUUUGAUCUGUUCCUGCUUCUGCUGCCUUUUAACGGUUUUAGUCUGUUGCUGCGAGGAAACGGGUCAGAACUGCACAAUCUCCAGCAGUUUUUGUUUUUAAAAGAGAGAGACAUCUGGAUGUCGUUGGACUUUUCUUUCAGCAAACCAGAGUCCAGUAGCGAUCAGAAAAACGUCCAGGAAGCUGCCGAUUCUUCAUUUAAAUUUUUUGUUUCUGUUUUUUUGCACAUUAGGAAAAACCGAAAGGAGUAAAUUCCUCCCAAAUGUUUUCUAUAAUUUACAACAAAAGGUCCAAUCUUAGAAUAUUAACUUAUUAAUGAAGUUGUGACUUUAGGAGAAAUAAAGUGAAUAUUUUAUGUGUUGAAUGUCCAAACUCAGACGGAUGGAUGUCUUCCAGCCGAUGCUGGACUAAAACGACGGAAACAAUCAACAGUAGACAGCGUUCUCCCUCCAUACAGCCGAUCUGCUCUGAAGUUAACCCUCAGCUGUGUCUGUCAGGCUUAGUUAACCCUCAGCUGUGUCUGUCAGGCUUAGUUAACCCUCAGCUGUGUCUGUCAGGCUUAGUUAACCCUCAGCUGUGUCUGUCAGGCUUAGUUAACCCUCAGCUGUGUCUGUCAGGCUUAGUUAACCCUCAGCUGUGUCUGUCAGGCUUAGUUAACCCUCAGCUGUGUCUGUCAGGCUUAGUUAACCCUCAGCUGUGUCUGUCAGGCGGAGCAGGUUGGAUAGAUGAAACCUGACAGGAUGUUCGUUGUGUCCAACAGUUGUUGAAUGUUAAUUUCAGAGCCCAGAAGUUGUUUUUCAUGCAGCUUUGUUAAAAUGUUUUAUUGUUUUUGUGCCAUAUGGAUUACAUCGUGCCGAUGGAGAUCUUGAAUGUUUCUUUUUAUUGCAUGUGACAGUUUCGUACAUAGAAGACUUUAUAUUCAGCUCCUGUGGUGAUGACGACGGCCACGUUGGAGACAGGUUUUUUGUUUGAAAUCAAACCAAGUUCUUGCUAGAAUCCUAAAUGAUUUAUUUUGGAUCAGUGCAAUCCGGGCUGGUCCAGAACCGUCUUUAAAUGAUCUCAGAAUGAUCUCUGUGCAGCACUUUAGAGGUUCGGUCCAGAUGACUGUUUUUAUUCACAGAGGCAGCAUUGAGCUGCAAACUCUAAGAGGUUUACUGGAUUUGCAGCUGAUUUUUUUUUCCCUUUUUUCUUUUGAGUAAAUGCAUAAAAAAAAAAUUGCUUCAUGUGAAUGAAAACUCGCCUAAAAAACGGUUCAGGGAAACAAUGAGUCGUGUAUUGCACAUGCUUGUAUUUGAUUGCACCAUUUAAUGGGGUGAAUUUAAAAUGCUUAAAUAAAAACAGAUUUCUUUACAAUA